AUGCUGUCAUUCAUUCAAAGAGUCCAGACUCCUGCCUGGCUAGAUCUGUCUAAGCAGUCCAGGACACCACAAGUCACCACGGUUGAGGUGACUGAGAACAGCCACACAGAACAUGGUUUGCUUGAGACACUGCAAAGCAUUCCUCGAUCAACACCGAAGCUAGAGAGCCUGCACCAAGAUGAUGCAGCCUUUGCUAGAAUUCUAGACUUGUAUCUGCCGCUGGAGAUCAAGGAGCGUGCCGAGGGCGAGCUUUCUGUAUUCGCCGAUGCUGCGGUCUCUAAGCAGGUAAUGGACUGGGUUGCAGAGGCUGAGCGUCAUCCUCCACAUAUCCAACACUGGGAUAGCUGGGGAGAGAAGAAAGAUGAUCUUGUCACGAGUCAAGGGUGGAAGUAUCUAUGGCGGUUCGGAAUAUCAGAGCGACUGGCUGCCUUGCCCUCCCUUACGGAAGAGUAUGAAGGCAACGCCAGAAUGAUACAGAUGCUGAAAGGCCACUUAUUCGCCCCGUCUUCUGCGACAUCCAUUUUCCACCUGAUCCUGUCGGAUGGCGUUGCUGCUCUCCUGUCGACACACUUGCGCGGCUCUAAGAUCGACAAACCAACCCGACAAUUAUUUCAGCACGCACAUGACCGGCUCACCUCCACCGAUGAUAAAAAAGGAUGGACUUCCGGGCUAUGGAUGACAGAGCGCGGCGGCGGUAGCGACCUAACGCCGACCGAGACUACAGCCACCUACUCCCCCCUCAGCAAGGACGACGACUCGAGGGACGCAGACGGUUUUCCCCUUGGACCAUGGGUAUUGAACGGCCUGAAGUGGUUCUCCACGGGCACUGAAGCGUCCAUGGCAAUCGCUGUCGCGCGAACGCCCAAUGGCCUGAGCACCUUCUACGUCCCGAUGCGUCGCACUGUCACUGUGAACGGGGUCAACGGGACCGAGCUUAACGGCGUGCGUAUCCGGCGCAUCAAAAAGAAAGUGGGCACGCAUCCACUGCCUACCUCUGAACUCGAGCUGAAGGGCAUGCGCGGGUGGUUGGUCGGCACGGAGGGCAAGGGUAUUACCGAAAUCGGUGUUGUGCUCAAUAUCACGCGUAUCUAUCUGGCCGUGAGCGCACUUGGGUACGCGGGGAGGUCUCUCUCAGCUGCUCGUGCCUUCUCAAGGGUCCGUAAGGUUGCCCGCGGUACUCAGCUGAGUAGCGUGCCGCUUCACAUGAGAUCGCUCGCGAAGGCCCAUGUCACUUACCGUGCGCAGAUGGCGCUGUCCUUUUUCGUCGUUGCGCUACUAGCCAAGCACGAGCAGCAACAAGCUAGUUCACCAGUCGAUCUCGUGCCCAAGAGCUCACAGGACGCCUCGUGUCUGCUGCGACUACUCGGCUCCGUCGCAAAGGCAUCUGCUGCUAUGGAUUCUUGUGGGAUGGCGCAAGUCGGUAUGGAGUCCCUUGGCGGCGUUGGCUAUCUAGAAAAUGAUGAGAUGGAAUUCAACGUCGCGCGUCUGUGGCGAGAUACCGCUUCAACGUUGAUUGGCGAAGGCACCACGGACGUUCUUGCGACAGAUGUUGUCAAGGUUCUGAAGGGCAAGAUAGGAUCAUACGUUAUGGCGGCCUUCGGUCGGUGGGUCAAGUCGUCAUUGCCCAAGAAAGAAUUUAUGGCGCCUGAGACGGCGAUCCUAUCCGAGCAGUGGUCUGAAUUACAAAAGGCCAUAUCAUCGAACACGCUAGAAUAUCUCACCAUGAAUGGGCGCGAGAUCAUGGACCGGAUUUGUAAGUUGACCUGUGGCAUCUUGCUUCUUGCAGAUGCGGCGCGUGACGGUAACUCUAUAGCAAUGGAAGUAGCUCGCCGUUGGAUACGGCCUACUCUCUUGGUGAGCGGAUUGAGCGUCGAACAAGAACUCAAACUUUGCCAGCAGAUUGUAUUUGGCGAUCAGCCAAUAUGGAUGGGUCUACCGUGA